AUGUUGACAUUUAGUGAACUAAAACGAUCACCUGAAUUUGUUAAUGAAAAUCCCAUUGAACCAUUUCAUAGAACAGUUUCAAAACAAAAAAGGUCGUUUGAUAUAAUUAUUGAUGAUUCUUCUAGAACAGAGUUUUAUCCUUUAAAAGCACCAGACAGUGAAAAAAGUAUUAUAAGUCAUUCAGACUCAAUUGUACAACAAGAAUUUAAAAUUCCACACCGGGUUAAAGGUUCAUCAAAAAACUCAUCACUUCCCAGUCAUAUGAAUGAAUGUUCUGUUCAUAACUUAUCUCUUGAUUCAGUGUCAUCUAGUACUACUAAUUCAUUAAUAAAAUCAUGUGGUUCAACAUCAUCUCCUAAAACACUUUCAAUAUCCAAUACAGAUUCAUUUACUUCAACACUUAAAACAACAGGAGGAACAGAAAGUCCAAUAUCAGAUAUAAAACCCACUUCUCGACCAAUAAAUGAAAAAGAUGUUCGUAAAAAAAAGUUAAGAAGGUUUAGUGAAGAUUUAGAUGGAGAGAAAAGAGUUAUUGUUAAAAAAACAAAUUCUAUUAAUCCUAUAUUUUCUAAAGAGAAAAUUAAAGGAAUUAAAAGUGCUGAUGAUAUUAAAAGAAAAAUGAGAAAGAGUAAUAGAAAUGUAUUUGGAGAUAAAAGUUUAUUAGUAGAAACUAUUUUAGAUAUGAUUAACCAAGAAUGUGAAAUUGAAGAAAUUCGUACCUUUUUCUUUGAAAAUGAUUUUUGUUUAAUUCAAGAUGAAGCUAAAUGUAAUUAUAAUGAUUUUAGAAUGGUAGUUUGGGGAUUUGAUCAAAAUAUUAGAGAAAUAUUCAAAAAAUUAUGUUUUAUUGCUUCACAAAAAAAGAAUGGAGUUGGAAUUUUAAUGGAAAUGUGUUUUAAUCACAAACAUUUAUUAUUACCAUAUUGUGAAUCAUUCAUUAAAAAUGUAUUAAAUCAAUUUAAAAUAGUAUUUAAUCCAAAUGGUGAUCCAUUAUAUAAUGAAAAUGGUGAAAUAGAAGAAAUAAGUAAAGAAAAAUUUAUUGAAAUGAUUUUUGACCAACCAAAAGGAAAAAGGUAUAUUGAUUCAUUUAUUUAUUCAUUCCCAUUGUUCUUAACAAAAAAAGAACUUAUUGAUUUAAUUAUUAAACAACAUAAAAGACUUAAAGAUCUUAUUCAGUUUCAUCAUUUAAUGGAAGAAAAAGCUAAUUUACUUCAAAAAGUAAUUGAACAAACAGUUAUUACAAUUGUUCGUGUUAUUGCUCUUGGUAUUAAAGAAAAAAAAUUACUUGAAUGUUUUAAUGAUGAAAUAUAUUCAUUAUCAUUUAUUAAUCAAAUCAAAUUUCAACUUACAAAACAAACUUCAAUUCAAUUUCAAACAAAAGAUGAAUUAAUAUUAUCAAAAGGAUUUAUUAUAACAGGAAAUAAUCCUAAAACAAAAUCAAAGAAAAAAUUAUUUGAUAUAACACAUCUUGAUAUUAACAAUUAUCAAAAAUUACCACCAAAAAUAUUAGCAAAACAACUCAUUUUAUUUGAUUGGAGAAUGACAGAAAAUAUUAAUGUUAAUAACAUCAUUAAAUUAGAUGAAAAUGAAAAUAUUAAUGAAUGGAUUCAUCUCGUUAAAAGAAUUACUAAAAAACUUAUGAAGUUAAUUACUAAAAAAAAUGAAGUUAAAUAUAUUUUAAAAUUACUUGAAGAAUUACUUGAACAAAAUGAUUUUAAUUUUUUAUUUACUUUUAUCAGAGAAUUAAGAAGUAAAUUUAAUGAAUAUCCUAAAUUAGUUAAAUUAGAUAAAAAAUAUAAAAAACUUUAUGAUAAAUUAAAUUCAUUAUUUAGUUACGAUAAUAAUUAUUAUGAAUAUAAAAGAAUGUUUAAUGAACUUCCUCAAUUCUCUAUAAAAAUCCCUGUCAUUGAAAUUUGGAAACAUGAAAUGAAAAUUCAAUCAAGUAUUACAUUGUUCUUCGAUAAUAAAUUAAAUAUGAUCAAAAUCAUUGAAGUCGCUAAACUAAUUCAUCAAAUAAUCUCUCUUAAAAUCAUUCAAUUAGAUAUUAUUCCUAUCCCAGAAAUUCAAUCAUUUUUAAUAUUAUAA